AUGCUACGGAUUCGCAUUUUACGCCGACAAAACCAGGCGCAGCAGUACGGGGAGGUGAAUCAGCUUGGUGGUGUGUUUGUGAAUGGCCGACCACUCCCGAACAGCACGCGAAUGCGGAUAGUGGAGCUAGCACGUCUCGGGAUCAGACCGUGCGACAUCUCCCGCCAGCUGCGGGUGAGCCACGGGUGUGUGUCGAAGAUACUGGCCCGAUAUCACGAGACCGGUUCGAUACUGCCGGGAGCGAUUGGUGGAUCGAAACCGAGGGUCACCACACCGAAGGUGGUAACGUACAUCCGGGAGCUGAAGCAGAAGGAUCCGGGGAUCUUCGCCUGGGAAAUACGGGACCGUCUGCUGUCGGAUGGGGUGUGCGACAAGAAUAAUGUCCCGAGCGUGAGUUCCAUUUCGCGCAUCCUGCGCAAUAAGCUCGGCAACCUAGCCCACCAUCAUCACCAUCACCCGCACCAUCCGCACGCCGGUACCGGUGGUGGUGGCGGUGCACAUACACCGCACGCACCAGCACACCUGUACAAUUCGAUCUAUCCCUCCUACCCGUACACGGCCGGUUCGCUCAAGUCGGAGAUGUCCUGCGGUGGAAGUCCAUCGCCACCGACCGGUGCGACACCGAUCCGUAGCCCGCACGCUCACUGUCCCUGGCCGUCGUCCCACUCCGUCACCGACAUACUGGCGAACGUGCACCAUCAGGCAACGGUCGCUGCCCUGCGCAACGGUGGCACACCUACCUCCCAGUGUCACACCACCCCACCGCCAACGUCCGUCGGUGGUCAGCUGAUGGGUGGGGGCGGUGGUUCGAUGAACGGUACCACCACGUCCUCGUCGGCGUCCGCGGCGGCUGCGGCAGCGGCGGCCGCUGCAGCUGCUGCCGCUGCCGCCGGUAAUGCGGCGGUCGCGAUGCAUCAGCAUCACCAUCAUCAUCACCACCACCAGAUGCAGGAGUCCGUGUCGCCGCAGUCACCCAACUCGUACAACUACUACAUGUACCUGCAGAGUGGCGGUAUGCAUCACGGUGGGUUGGCCAGCGCGUCCGGCUUAUAGGUUCCUUUCUUUACCCGUGCGUCCGA